GUUUCGCUGGGAGCCGCGGUCGGUGCCGGUGAGGAGGGGGAUGGGCGCCGCUGCAAAUGUUAAGGACCUGGAUAGAAUCACAGCCUUGUAACACACAGAGCUGUACCUACCCCAUGUAAAUAUCGAGCAUAAUUGGUGUAAAACAUCAUCAUAAAUGGAUGCAACCAGUAGGGACUCAAAAUAACAUUCGAAGGAAGUGCUAUGGCCCAGGCAGGAGUGGGUAUGAAACUUUCACCCUUUGCGUGAGGGACACUGAGAAGUUUGGAAGGUACCCCGGAGAGGGAGCUGCCUCUCGGCUUGCAGCGCGCAGGAAAAGCCGAGGUCGCAAGAAGAGGCCUCGUAGUCUGAUUCGCCUUGAUGUGGGAAUAUUUGAACUCGGCCAAUUAUCAGAAUAGGAUAUUUCAUCUGAACUGAGUUGGAAUGACGGGCUGGGUCUCCUGAUGUGCGUGAGGUGCUGUGAGUGGCAUUGCGGUGCCCCGCCUCUGGAGUGGUCUGUCGCUGCCAUCCGGACCUCGUGAUCCCCUCUUCCCUCCUUCCCCCCUCCUCUCCUCCUUUCCCCCUGUCCCUCCAUCCCUAUUCCCCCUCCCUCCCCCUUUCCCCCUCCUCCCCUGCGGCGCUGUGCUUGAAGUCAUGAGCAUAGCAAUCGCACUGGGAGUCACCACACCUGAGACACCUUAUACAGACAUGGCCGCCGGAUCAGAUCCUGAGUCAGUGGAAGCGAGCCCUGCAGUAAAUGAGAAGACAUAUUCUAACCACAGCUGUGGGAGCACACAGAGUCAUGGCUACCGUGGCCUACCCUAUGCUAUGCAACAGUCUUCCGUUGUGUGUUGUCAGGAUCAUAACUAUGGAGCGCCGCCCCCUCCCACCCCUCCCGCCUCCCCGCUCUCUCAGACCAUUAUUCCCCGUCUGGAGCUCAACGGUGCCCGAUCCCGUUUCCACACCAAUGACCCCGACAACUCAGCUGACAGCGAGAGCUCCUCGGAGGAGGAAGAGGGCGCCGUGCCGUCCGGCUGGUGCCAGUGCCGCCUCAUGCCGGAUGGCUACCUUAUCAAGUGUGAGAGCUGCAGGGGUCUGGACAGGAGAAAAGGGCUGGAUGGUCAACGCCGGAAAGCAGACAAUGUGUCGGUAGGAGAGAGCAGUGCUACAGAGAGUGGAGAUGAGGAGGUGUCAGCUGCCACAGUGUCAUACACAGCUACUCAGCACACCCCCACCAGCAUCACCCUCACCGUCAACCGAGUCAAACGCAGCAAAGCCAAAAAGAGGAAAAAGAGCACAGAGAAAACACGAGCCACCCCUAAAGCAAAGAAGGUCAAGGCCUUUAGAGAAGGUUCCCGAAAAUCCUUGAGGAUGAAGAACUCCACCAGUGAAGCAAGUGGGUUGGAUGAGAACACAGCUGAAGGCUGGGAGACACGUAUCCGCCAGUGGACGGACCAUUAUGAGGAGGCCCUGGCCAACCAGUAUAGCGCUGACGUUCAGACGCUCCUCCAGCUCCAUCACUCCUCCAGCAAGAACUCUGCAAGCCAGCCAGCACUCACCAUGGACACCAUCAACCGCACAGAACUGGCCUGCAACAACACAGUGCUCAGCUCUCAGAUGCAGUUACAGUUGGGCCGUGUAACACGCGUGCAGAAGCACCGGAAGAUCCUGCGAGCAGCACGUGACUUGGAACCUGAUACACUCAUCAUUGAGUACAGAGGCAAAGUCAUGCUAAAACAACAGUUUGAGGUCAAUGGCCACUUCUUCAAAAAGCCCUACCCGUUUGUCCUGUUCUACUCUAAGUUUAAUGAAGUCGAGAUGUGUGUGGACGCUCGGACAUUUGGCAAUGAUGCUCGCUUCAUCAGGAGAUCCUGUACACCCAAUGCUGAGGUACGGCAUAUGAUUGCAGAGGGGAUGAUUCACCUGUGUAUCUAUGCAGUAACUCAAAUCUCUAAAGACUCGGAGGUCACAAUCGGCUUUGACUACGAGUUCAACAGCUGUAACUAUAAAGUGGACUGUGCAUGCCAUAAAGGCAAUCAGAACUGCCCGGUGCAGAAGCAUAAUCAGAGUCCAUCAGAGUCUAUGCUGCCCCCACCACAGCACUCACUGCCUACCCUGCCAGGGGCAGAGACUCGCCGAAGACGGGCUCGGAGAAGAGAAUUAGAAGGGAGUGGACUCAUUGGGGCUGUGUCUGAUGAUAGCAACCAGCUCCUGGAUGAACAUGGGGAGACACAGGGAGCCAGUGAUGCAGAGGAGGGUCUAAUAGAUGGAAUGAAGCAGGAGGAGGGACAUGAGGAGGUAGACGAAACUGGAGCCCUCAUAUCGAGCAGACGGUCACGAGAGGACCGGAAAGCUGAGGCCAUCAUGCAUGUGUUUGAGAAUUUGGAAAGGAGAAGGAAGCGUGUUUCUCAGGGCUUGGAACGGGGUGGGCCUGAUGACCCCAAACAUGAAGGGUUGGAGCCUGAGGAGGGCGGGGCUUCCUCUCCCAUAGUGGCCAACCCUGGACCAAACAUAGGAGUGACAGGAGUUAGUACACGGCGGACAUCUUUCACUCCUGACCCGGCAGCAGUAUCAGUGGACUCCGAAAAAGCCCCGUCUGCGCCUCUUGCCACCCCUAAACCUCCCCCAGCUCGCACCUCCAAACCGCGACCGAAGAGCCGCAUUUCCCGUUAUCGCUCAGGCUCAGCCCAGCGUGCGCGGAGGCAGCGGCAGGCUCUUUUGGCUCAGCAAGCAGCUGAGGCUGGGGCAGCUGGAGGCGAGGAGGGCGGCACUGCAGCUGGCCCAGGGGAUCUGGGGCUUGGGGAUGGGACUUUGGGGCCCGGGCAGCUGCCAGAUGGAGACUGUUAUGGAGCAGCUUCUGCAGCACUGGGUGGGAAAGCCAGUGUGAGAUACCCCAAAACCAAAAAGUACCUGGUGACAGAGUGGCUGAACGAUAAGGCACCAGAGCGCAUGGAAGAGCCCGUGGAACGGCCGCUUCGUAUCACAACUGACCCUACCGUGCUGGCCACAACGCUUAACAUGCUGCCGGGCCUCUCCCACUCACCCCUCAUCUGCACCACCCCAAAACACUACAUCCGCUUUGGCUCGCCAUUCAACCCAGAGAGACGUCGCCGACCGCUCACAGUUGACCCUGCUUACGGCUCCUGCAAGAAGAGGUGGAUAAAGCAGGCGCAGGAUGAAAGCAUGUCAUUGGUUUCCAUGGAGGAUGGAACUGAGUCCAACUCUUCACACCAAAGUAACAGCAGCAGCACGGCCUCACUUACCUCCAGACCUGAACUGACAGCACCCUUUAAAAAGAGGAAAUCAAAGUAUGCACCAGAGACUGUGGCCCCACCCCCCGACCUUUUGCUGCGACCGUUGUCCCCCAUCACACCGCCGCUGCCCUCUGAACCAUCAGUGAGCUCGCUGCACCCGCUCUUCUCUUCAUGCUCGCUGUAUUUAGGAGCUGAGGAGGAGAGGCAGAACGGUGCCGCACUUCCUUACUCCCCGCUCCCAUCCCUUCCCGCCAGCCGCUGCAACACACCUCUGCAGUUUGAAAACAUCUCUUCUCCUGAAACGUCUCCUGUACACAGACCAGAGUCUCUUUCACCAGAACCCUGUUUGCGGCCCGACUUCGAUACGCCACGGAUUGCCACGUUCCCUGAUCUUUCCAUGACCUCCAGCCUCGGCAGUCCCGCACCUGUGUCUGACGACUUCCCCCUGGCUGUCCCGGACCCUCUGGGUGGGUCUGGAGGUGUCAGCUCCCUCACGCCAGCCCCUGUAUCCAACACUGAUGCUUCCUUGGGCACGCGCUCAAAUGAGGCUCAGGCUCGAGAGCAGGUCUUCAGGACAGAAUUUAACCUCAUCUACACCUGCUCUCCCCUCAAUGCCAACCUGGCCACUGGCCCUGUCACUGACCGGCGUCACUCCCAAUCAGAGGGCAGCUUCUCUCCUGCUGAGUCCUACUUCAGCACUGUGAGUGGCCAGGCUCUGCAGGCAGAGACGGGCUCCGGUUCUCUCUCGCCCUUUCCAGAGCCUCAUUUUGGGGGCGGCUACCCAGAUAGUGGAACGCCACCUCAUACCAGCAAUCCACCACAGAAAAAGAAGAGGGCCAUGGGGAGUGGCGUUAGUCAGCUCUCAGGCUUGCCUGGUUACCAGGCACUAACUGUAAGGGGCGAGUUCAAGCCAGGGCAGAAUAUGGUCUCUUUAUUAGAGUACAGAAAGAGGAAGCAGGGGACACGAGACCACGAUCCUGGAGGCACUAUGGGUACCCCUACUCGUCCCAGCUCUCUCUGCCCCAGCGCAGAGUCCCCAGGUGGACCCCGCUCAGUGCUGCAGCCCGCUGCCUCCCCACACAGUUCCUUCUCCUCUCCAGCCCACCAGGCAUUCCCACAGAUAGAGGAGGUCAGCCCCCCAGACCUCAGCUCCAACCUAGGGAACCAUUCUCAAACCUCCGGCCCACGUGCACCUGACUCUAGCCAGUGGAUGGUGCCAACAUCCGUAGAGAGGCUUAGAGAGGGACAGGGAGUUUUAGAGCGGGUUUUGAGAGGCAGUCUGAAGAUGGAGCGAGUCCUUAAAAGGCCAGAGGGUGGAGUGAGUGAGCAUGGUAACAGCCGAGACAAGGAUACAGAUGGAAUGGAAGGGGAUAGAUAUGAUCUCCCGAGUUCAUCUUUGGCCUCCCCCAUGAGGAGCCCCCAGAGGUACAGCCCGUCUGUCCACCCACACCAGGUGCCACCUCACCUUUCAGAACCCCACCAACAUCUGGAAAGCCCCGCCUACCACCAGCAGGCCUCCUCCCCCUCUUACCGUCCCACCUUCAGCACCUCCUCUUCACCCUCCUCUUCAUCAGUGGUUCAGGGCUACCACCAAUCACGUCUGGGCACACCCAAUCCUCUACCCCAGGAUGCACUCUCAUCAGCACCUCCUCCUUCAGUGGACUCCAGGCAGACAGGGGGCACUCUGCACCACCACAGCAGCAGUGGAGGAGGUAUGAUGGACAUGGCGCAGCUGUACUCUGGCAACCAUGUCAAAGCCAGCCUGUUGAACAGCACUCUGUCAGGGUCUGUGAGCAUGUCCUCCAGAGGCCAAGGGCACCCCAAAACAGACAGCAGCAUUGCCCUUUGCAGUCAGCCUUCACACGGAUCCAGACUGGCCCAGCCGGCUACAGUGCGGAGCCUGAAACCAGGCAGCCCGGGGCAGGCGGUGCUGCAGGCCAGCUCUAGGCUUCUCUCAGCCUCCGGAGCACAGCACUACCCACAGCGGCAUUUACAACAGCCCCCAAUGCAGGGUUCAGGGGUACGGACACAGUCUGGGACAUACUAGGGCCCUUAGUGUGUUUGUGUGAGUGUGUGAGACGGUGUGUGUGUGUGUGAGUGCUUGUGUGUUUAUGUGCGUAUGUUUGUCAACAUCCUCACCUCUGAACCUGUGGAAAAACUCUGGGUUAGGGGGAGGGGACUAGAUGUACAGACGUGAGGAGUAUGGACUCCACUUAUUGUGAUGAUCGUUUCCUUUCUUACUUUCUCUUCUUUCCUUUUUUUCCUUUUUUACCUUUUUUUUUUCUGUUCCACCAAAAAAUGCAUUUCUGCAUUCUACAUGUAGUCUAAUAUGGACUUCAUUUAUAAUCUUGGAAUCAGUGGAAAUUAAACAUUACCUAGAAGUUUGAGAGGAAAGAAUCAAGAAUUAAAUCACGUGUAAUUUUAAAUUUACCCAUAUGCUUUGAAGAUAUGUACAUAUUUAAUGUGCAGAGUAGAUGGUAAAUUGAAUCAGGUACCUGUGCUCAAAUUUAAAAAAAAAUCCCCACUGAUAUUCUGGAACCAGAUUCAGUUUGGUUCAACCAGCUUAGAGCAUUUGGUGCUUUUCAAUUUUUUUUAAUCCAAGUCAAAUCAGUCCGCAAGACUUUUUGCUGACAGAAGAAUUUUUUUCCAAGCAAAAUGUUUGUUAGCUUCAUCCGUGAUAGCCAUGUAGGUGAAAUCCAUUUACAUAGCCCCUCUUCCUCUUAAUCAUUCCAUUCAGUUUUUCAGUCAACUUGUCAAUCACUAGUUUUCUAGGAGACACAAGGGGGUCAGGAUCGACCCCUGGCAGUUCUCUAUUUAAAUCUCAUUAAAUAAAUCUUCAGGUUUUUUUUCCUUUUUUCAUUUUUGUUGGUGGUUUCUCCACAUCUGUAGACUCACUCUGUAAUACUUGACAACCACAGAUCUUAUGGUGCUGCAGUUAGCUCAGUUUUUGUUUUGAGUUGAUUUUAGGGUUGUUUGAAACCCGGUGUCAUGUUUUCCACUAGCCUGUUCUGAGGUAUAGUUGUCAUAUGGGACUGGUUUUAUUUUCAUUUUUUUUUAAAUGGGGUUCUAGUAACUAUUGCAAAAACAUUGGUGACUAGGAGUGCACAGAACUGUUUUGAAAAGUAAGCUGCAGAAAUAUUGUUUUUACUCCGUUAUAGGAUUUGUUCCCCUUACAGUUUUUGAAUCCGGCAGGAUUUUCUUUUAUUUUCAUAUUGUUGAGAAUUUAUUUUUCUCUCCCUUUGACCAAUCCUUGCAUUCCGUACGCCACUCAAGGGAGGAGGAGAGGAGCUGUGGCUGAAUGGUUUGAUUAGGAGAAAAAAAAAAAGACAAAGACAAAAAUCAAAAAGAUAGCUGCUGAGGUCUCAUUCUAAGUAUUUUUAAUGCAAAGUGCUGCUUUCAGAAGUGUCUGUUUUCUGACAGAAUGCUGUACUUUUGUCUGUCGUCCGAUAUUCGUCACACACAGUGAGGUCACCAAGUUGUGCCAUGAUGACCGCCGGAGUGGAACUGAGUAUCGCGCAAAAUGAAUCUGAUGUCUCUGUUGCAUCUUGGGAGCUGUAGUCUUUAUGUCUUGAUAGUCUGUUGGGUGGACCUGAGACGGACUAAAUCUACAGUUACCUGGAAAAGGGUUUUUGUUUGUUUUAUUUUUCCUCCCUUGGUCAAAGGACCUUGCAGAGAUCAUUUUAUCACCUGGGACACGUUUUGACCGUUUGACCUUUUCUGUCAAGAGUUUCUCCCCUCUCCAUUUAUGAAAAGACACAAGGGUACUCACUGAUUAACAUGAAUGUUUGUCUUUCACAGAAGACUUCAGAAGAUAAAAACAAAAAAAACAAAAAACAAAGACUAUGUGACCCGAAAUUUACCAGCACCUUAAUUACAGAGGAAAAAAAUGUUAACAACCAAGAAAACAUUUAUGUAUGAUCAUGUGUACUUGCAUAAAAAUGUGUUAUAUACUGUUCCAAGAAAAAAUAUAGUACACUAAAUUUGCCGCAUGAUAUUUCCUUUUUGGGUUGGUGUUAACGGUUGAAAGUGUGCAGUUGGAUCUUGGAGUCAAGGGUUUGCUUAAAAACUCUUUACUUCAAGGUCUCAGAUGGGAAAAAAAAACUGGACACUUUUUAAAGGAAACAUUUAAAAACCUAUCUCUGUUUUGUUGUAUUUUAUUUUUUACACAAGGCAUAGUUUGGAUCCCUCCCCCCUCUUCCAAGACAGAAAGCAAAAGAGAUGUAUUGCAUUUUGAUAAUAAAAUACUCAUGACAAUGUA